ACCUUUCAAUACAACAAAACCAAAAACUCUAUCAUCUCAUUUUCUUUAACCAAAUGAAUCACUUCUCUUUCUUUUUAUCUAUAUUUUUUUAUGUAUACUUUUCACAUGCCCCCAACCAAACUUUAGCAGUGACCUUAACAUUACAAAACCAAACUGAUCAUCAAGCAUUGCUCCAAUUCAAACACUCAAUAACCACUGACCCAAACGGAGUCCUAGACUCUUGGAAUUCCUCCACACACUUCUGCAACUGGCAUGGAAUCACAUGCAACGCCAUGCAUCAAAGAGUCACAAAGUUGAACUUACAAGGAAACAACUUGCAUGGCACCUUUUCACCUUACAUUGGAAACCUCUCUCGUUUAAGAAACAUCAACCUCGAAAACAACAGCUUCACAGGACACAUUCCACACGAACUCGGCCGGUUGUUAAAACUACAUCAACUCUCUUUGAGCUAUAACAAGUUUUCAGGAGACAUUCCAAAGAGCUUGUCAAAUUGCUCCAAUCUUAGAGUCUUGCAUUUGCUCGAAAACAAUUUCACCGGCAAAAUACCACCCGAAUUCGCCUUUCUUCAAAAGCUUCUCGUAGUAGACAUCGGAAAAAACAAUUUAACCGGAGGAGUUCCUUCUUUCAUAGGUAACCUUUCUUCCUUGACAAGUCUUGGCCUUGUUUUCAACAACUUAGAGGGACAUAUUCCACAGGAAAUAUGUCUCCUAAGAAACUUGAAAACUAUAGAACUUAUCGCGAACAAUUUAUCAGGUAAGUUUCCGCCUUGUUUCUAUAAUAUGUCAUCUCUUGAAUCGAUCUCAGUUACUCACAAUCACUUCGUCGGUUCUCUUCCAUCUAAUAUGUUCCAAACAUUACCUAAGCUCCAAGUUUUCAAAAUUGGAGUGAACAACAUCUCAGGCAGAAUCCCAACUUCCAUUGCAAAUGCUUCUACUUUGACAUCAUUUGACAUUGGCGAAAACCUUUUUCGUGGACAAGUUCCAAGUCUAGGGAAGCUACGAGAUCUUCGUUUGCUAAAUCUCGAGAUCAACAUUCUAGGAAAAAAUUCAACUCAUGAUUUAGAUUUCUUGAAAACACUGACAAAUUGUAGUAAGUUAGAAAUUCUUAGUUUAACUGCUAAUAGUUUUGGAGGUUUUCUUCCAAAUUCUAUAGGCAAUUUCUCCCACAAUCUUAGUGAACUAUACCUUGGGGGUAAUAACGUAUCAGGAAAAGUUCCUAAGGAGUUGGGAAAUCUAGUAAACUUAAUCAUCUUGAGCUUGGGACAUAACAACUUUGAAGGAACUAUUCCAACAAGUUUUGGACAGUUCAGGAAAAUGCAACUGUUAGAUUUGCGCGAAAACAAGUUGUCGGGGGAAAUACCGAGUUUCAUAGGCAAUCUCAGUCAGUUGUCUGAGUUGUGGAUGGAAGAAAACAUGUUUGAAGGAAAUAUUCCUUUGAGUAUAGGGAAGUGUCAAAUGUUGAUAUUUCUAAACCUUUCACAAAACAAUCUUCGAGGGCGCAUACCCUUAGAAGUUUUUGGAAUUUCGUCGUUAUCGAAGGGAUUAGACUUAUCACAUAAUUCAUUCAGUGGUAGUUUACCUUACGAAGUCGGUUUGUUGAAGAAUAUUGGUAAGCUGGAUGUGUCUGAAAAUCGUUUGUCUGGUGACAUACCAAGAACCAUAGAUGGAUGUGUAAGCUUAGAGUACCUUCGUUUACAAGGUAACUCCUUUAACGGAACCAUACCUUCCAAACUGUCAUCUAUCAAAGGUCUUCGACAUUUAGACUUGUCGAGGAAUCAAUUGUCUGGAUCGAUUCCUAUAGACUUGCAGGAUAUGGCUUUUCUAGAAUACUUGAAUGUAUCUUUCAACAAGUUGGAAGGUGAGGUUCCAAUCAAAGGUGUCUUUCGAAAUGCAGGUCGGUUGGGAGUGACAGGAAACAAUAAGCUUUGUGGAGGGAUUUUAGAGUUGCAUCUAUCACCAUGCCCUGCCAAACACCAAAAUUUGAGGUUGACUGCAGUGAUCAUUUGUGUGAUUGUUUUCCUUAUUAUACUCAUGUUAGCUCUAGCCAUGUACUUGAUGAGGAAAAGAAAUAGAAAACCAUCUUUUGAUACACCGAAAAUUGAACAACUAGAUAAGGUUUCAUACCAAGAACUACAUCAAGGAACGGACGGGUUCUCAGAUAGAAACUUGAUUGGAUCGGGAAGUUUUGGUUCUGUAUACAAAGGAAAUCUUGUAUCACAAGAUAAAGUUGUUGCUAUAAAGAUUCUGAACCUUGAAAAGAAAGGAGCACACAAGAGUUUUAUCGCCGAAUGUAAUGCAUUGAAAAAUAUCAGACAUCGAAAUUUGGUCAAGAUUUUAACAUGUUGUUCUAGUACUGAUUAUAAAGGUGAAGAAUUCAAGGCUUUAGUUUUCGAUUACAUGAAAAAUGGAAGCUUAGAAGACUGGCUUCAUCCUAGGUCAGCGAAUUCAGAACAUCCAAGAAUGUUGAGUCUUGUUCAAAGAUUAAAUAUCAUGAUUGAUAUUGGUUAUGCAUUACAUUAUCUUCAUCGCGAAUGUGAGCAAUUAGUCCUUCACUGUGAUAUAAAGCCGAGCAACAUCCUUCUCGACGAUGACAUGGUUGCUCAUGUGAGUGAUUUUGGCAUAACAAAACUUGUCUCGGUCGUUGAUAAUACAUCUUAUAAGGAAACUAGUACUGUCAGACUAAGAGGGACCAUUGGUUAUGCUCCUCCAGAGUAUGGAAUGAGUUCUGAAGUAUCGAGCUGCGGUGAUAUGUAUAGCUUUGGAAUACUCGUGUUGGAAAUGAUUACUGGAAGACGACCGACGGAUGAAAGGUUUGAAGAUGGCCAAAAUCUACAUAGUUUUGUUGAGAAUUCAUUUCAUGGCAGUAUUAUGCAGAUUUUGGAUCCAAAUCUUGUACCAAGAGAUAUAGAGGCAAGAGUGGAGAAGUGCUUAGUUUCAGUUCUAAGGAUUGGACUUGGUUGUUCAAUGGAAUCACCAAAAGAAAGAAUGAACAUAGUAGAUGUUACUAAAGAGUUAGAUAUAAUCAAGAAGGUCUUUCUUGAUGGUGAGAUAAACUAGGAUUUAUAUGAUUUUUCAACCUUUAUGUAACAUCUAUCAACCUUUAUGUUGCUUCUGUUUUUUGCUUAUGUAACUACAAUAAGUGUAAGUCAGAAAUGGCACACAGACAAUUUUAUGAUUAGCCGAAGUUUU